CCGUGGCUUCUCAUCGUGCGGUACUGCAACGGACGUUUUCCAUCCAGCUUACGAGACCGAGUGCACUAUCCGGAAAUAGACGCCCACCCAUCCGAGUAGCAUCCGUGCAAACGAAACUUAAAGCAGGACGCCUGAUGCUCUCAAGCCCGACGAGGCUGCAAUACGACGCCAGAAGCGAAGCGAAGGAAAUAAAUCAAUAGGCUCGUUUCGUUAUUAAUCAGCCGGUUCCGGGGGUGGCAUUUCAGCCAAAGCACCCGUUUUUGGGGUUGUGUGCAAUUACGAGGCGUAAAAUUUGUGGUGCGCUCGCUGGAUUUGGAUCGAUGAAGCUGCAGAACAGUGCCGGUCAAUGAGCACGCUUUUCGUCCGGAGAUAACGCACUGUUUCUGGGGAGUCACACGCUGUAAAAAAAAGCCUCCGAAUGGGAGUGGAGAUUUAGGUGGAGAAUAAUACGAAACUCGUAACAUGACAAUAAAUCCAGUACCUUACGACUACAUUUAAUAUUGCUCUUAUCAGCUAUCUUACCGCACGGGUGGUAGGAAGAAGAAGAAGAAGAAAAAAGCGGCGUGUGAAACGCGACCAAGCAAAGAAAAAAAUCACGCAACGCACGAGCAAAGAGCUAACUUUUCCACCCCACGCUCACAAGUGCAAAAAAGGGACGUGUCAGUUCCUUUUGAAACCGACCGGAACCCUCUAGGUCCUCGCGUUGACGCACGCCCUUCGGUACCAACCGGUGAAAAAUCGCUCGUUCGCUCGCGUCAUCGUCUAACCUCUUCGCUUUCCCUCCCGCAAUGGAUCUGAAACAUUCCAACGUGCCGGAAGUGACGGUCGUGGCCGACGCGUACAUGCCCGGCAGCAAGUCGUCGGAUUUGAUCAAACCCCCGGCAACGAAUGGGUCGAGUGCGACCCUCGACAAACCGGCCCUGCCAGCAGGUGAGUUCCAGGUGUACAAACGGCGCUGGUUGGUGCUGGCCAUCUUCGUGAUGUAUUCCGCCUCGAACUCACUCCAGUGGAUCCAGUACAGCAUCAUAGCGAACAUCGUCCAGCGAUACUACAACAUCACCAGCACCUGGGUCGACUGGACGUCGAUGAUCUUCAUGAUCCUCUACAUACCGCUCAUCUUUCCGGCCAGCUGGAUUCUGGAUAAAUUGGGACUUCGCAUCGCUGCCAUCAGCGGCGUGUUGGGCACGUGCCUCGGAGCGUGGGUCAAAUGUUUCUCCAUCAGCCCGGACCUGUUUUGGGUGGGCUUCAUCGGUCAAUCGAUCGUGGCCGCCUCGCAGGUGUUCAUCCUUUCGCUCCCAGCCAAGGUGGCUGCCGUCUGGUUCGGACCGGACCAGGUGUCCUCGGCGUGCAGCAUCGGCGUGUUCGGCAAUCAGCUUGGCAUAGCGGUCGGGUUUCUUGCGCCACCAAUGCUGGUAGAAAACCACGACGACAUCAGCCUCAUCGGAGAUGACCUUCGGUUGAUGUUCUACAUCGUUGCCGGUUUCACGACGGUGCUGGUACUUCUGGUGCUGUUCUUCUUCAAGGCGGCCCCACCGACACCACCGUCCGCCGCGCAGGAAGCCACCAAAACGCCCAACCCGCUGCAAUCGUCACCGUUCCUGCAUUCGAUCAAGCGGCUCAUGCUCAACCGAAACUACGUGCUGCUGCUCAUCUCGUACGGCAUGAACGUCGGCGUGUUCUACGCCAUCUCCACGCUGCUUAAUCAGAUCGUGCUCACGCACUAUCCAGGACACGAGGUGGAUGCUGGACGUAUCGGUGUGUGUAUCGUGUUUGCCGGUAUGCUGGGCUCCGUCGCUUGCGGUAUCGUUCUCGACAAGACGCAUCGAUUCAAGGAGACAACGCUGGCCGUGUACGUCUUCACGAUGAUUGGCAUGUGGAUUUACACCUUCACGCUUUCGGUUGGCCAUAUUUCGGUCGUGUACGUCACCUCGUCCUUGUUGGGCUUCUUCAUGACGGGUUACCUGCCGGUUGGGUUCGAGUUUGCUGCCGAGCUGACGUACCCGGAACCGGAAGGCACCUCGACCGGGUUGCUGAAUGCCGCCGCCCAGGUGUUCGGCAUCACCUUUACGAUGGCGUACUCGGAACUGCUCAACUCGCACGGUGACAUCGUGGCGAACGUGACGAUGGCCGUGAUGCUGCUGCUGGGUUCCGUCGUCACCGCCGUCAUACGGUCGGAUCUGAGACGCCAAGCCGCCCAAAACCCCAACCCUUAG